CAACAGCCACAGAACAAGCCAAGAUGCUGGUGAAAACGGGGGCCAUCAGUGCUAUCAAAGUUGAGAACAAGAACUCGGGAUUCAAACGCUCUUGGACUCGGAAGGUGAAACCGAAAGAGACCAAGAAGGGAUCUGCCCCAACUUACCAGCCCUUUCAGCGCAGUGUCUCAGCAGAUGAUGAUUCCCGAGAGGCCCGGCGCCCCCAAAGGAAGUAUCUGUAUGAGAGCUUUGUGAGCCCCAGCGAUUCUCUGCGAGACCCAGAGAAAGAGCCAGAGGAAGGCAGAGAUCCAGACAAAGAAUCCGACCAGACUGAAAGUCUGCAUGGAUAUGAGAGGGACAGUGACCGGGAUCGUAGCCGGGACAGGAGCAGAGACCGGGACCGGGACAGAGAUCGAGACAGAGACAGAGAUCGAGAUCGAGGGCGUGAACGAGAACGGGACGGAGAAGGCUUCCGCCGAUCAGAUUCUUACCCUGAGUGGCGUCUCCCACGCAAAGGGAACACGGUUUACGUGUAUGGGGCAAAUAUGAAUGAAGCCAUGUUGACCACGGCUUUCUCGGCCUUCGGGAAGAUCAUUGACCUCUCCGUAGACGGCGUCCGCAACUGUGCUUUUGUGACCUAUGACAAGCUCGAAUCAGCAGAUCAAGCUGUUGCUCAGCUCAACGGUACCGUCGUAGAAGAUGUGAAGCUGACGGUCAGCAUCGCUCGCAAGCAGCCCAUGCUGGAUGUGGCUAUCGGCAACUCCGUGUGGGGAACUUUGGCUGUGAUAAACACCAUCAAUGGUUCUCAUCAGGACAAACGAUCCCAAGUUAUCUACAAAGAGGACAACUUCUGAAGCAGCAUAUGAACCCCCACCCUUCCCCGUCCUCUCUUUGCCUUUUCACUUAAAAGAUUCAAAUAAAUAUUAGCUUUUAAAAACU